AUGUCGCACCUGCCUCAGGGGAACCUCCUUCCGCUCAUCCGCGCCGGCGACAUCGUAUCCAUCUGGCAUGACGUCAUUCUUUUCGCCUCCCCAGCCGCAAGAAACUCACCCCGCCGCGCCUCGCCGCGCGCCGCCUCCGCGGCCCGGCGCAAGCCGACUGCGAUUCCCCUCCUCAACUUCAUCUGCACUUCUUCCAAGUCUAGCUCGUUCGCCGCGUCGCUCGCCGGUCGCCGUCGACGUCUAGCACUUGACGGUGCCGUCAAGGUGGACGACUCGGAGCAGCGGCCGUGGAACCUCGGGAUCAUCCCGCAGACAUGCGUUCUCGGACCGUCCCCCGCAUCCUCCGCAACCUCCGCCACCGCGCUUCCCGAAAAAAACACCUCCGCAGCAGACGUCGACCUUUAUCCGCUCGACUCCUCUGCCGCCGAUCCCGGCGACCCGUUCAGCCGUCCCGAUGAUUGCGGCGGGUUUCCCGUGAUUCUGGACAACGCGCCGUUGGAGGCGGUGGAGGUCGGCGCAAAGGAGCGCGACCCGGGCGACGUAUUCCCCGUGCUGCCGCUUCUCGCGCUGCCCGUGCGCCUGCGGUCCGGCCUGGGGUCGGAAGUUUCGUGGAAGCUGGUUGUUGUAGCAGCGGACGAUCCGCUCGUUCUGGCCAAUCAGGUGGCGACUAUAACGGAGACUAUUCUACCGAGAGUUAAAGACUGGGCCGCGAGAGGGUUUGGAGGGUUCACGGAAGGAUCGGGGGGGUUCGAUUCCGACCGUUGGUGGAUCCCCGAAUCUCCGCAGCGCGAAUCGGGCGACUGGGAGGAAGCUGCGCGGAAGGCGCAGGGCGUGGUUCUCGAGGCGCACAGCAUAUGGAAGCUGCUUGUUCCUUCGCUCCGCCGUCCCACGCUGCAGCGGCGGCAGCGCGUGAGCGAGCGCACGGUGGAUGGCUGGCGGGAUAAGCGCGGCGCGGGGGACGACGGCGAAAGCAGCCUCUUACAGCUCGUCGCGCGACCCGGCGUAGGGGGGGCGCUUGGCGGGUUUGGCGGGGUAAAGUCCGGCGGGAGCGUGGGAAAAGGAAGGGGUGGGUUUGGGGGAGGCGAAACGGCGCCUGGGGGGAGAGGAGGGCUCAGCAGGGGGAGAUGUUCCGCCGCCGCGGCUGCGGCGGCUGUUGCGGCAGCUGAAGGGCGCUCCGCGCGCAACGGGAGAGUUGAACUGAGGGAUUUGGGAGGCGAGGAGGCGGAGGAGGAGGAGCGGCGAGCUGGCGGGGGAACGAGGCCGCUGAGGCGGACGGCGAGCGUGGAGGAUAUGCGUCGCAGCGGCGGUAGAACCGACGGCGGCAGGAGCAUUGCGGAAAGCAACGGCAGCAGCGGCCCCGGCGGCGGGAAGCGCAGAGGCGUGCUGCCGCAGAUUUCGCCGCGCUCCUUGUCGAUGACGACCGUUGCUGCUGCGCGCGCGCUCGUGAAAACCGCCACGUGGAGCAGGGCGUCUAGUCUUAACAGUACUAGCAGCGGACAUAGUACUGAUGAUAGGGACGUUAGCAGUGAGAGGAUAAGUGCUGGGAGUAAGAGCUGCGGUGCAAGUGCGGGUAAUCGCAGUAUCACGAGGAACUGCGGCGACGAGGAAAAAUUUAAGUUGAAUCGGAGCAAAACUUGUAUCGGAGCUGACGCUAUCCCUACUACACUGGUUCGGCCGCGUAGCAAAUCGCCUUUGCCACGUCCGUUCUCGCCUAACUCUCGUAAGGGUUCGCCAGACGCGCAAAACUCUUAUUAUGACGAUAGAUUGUUAGGGCAUGGCGCUGACGAAAGGCGACGUGGGUCCUCGGGUAGGGUUACCUCAAUUGAGCAGACUGAGUAUGCUUCCGGAGGGUUUCGGAAAUCAGGUCUCGCAGACGAGCUUGGCGAGUUUGACGAAAGUAGCGAUUUGGGUGAGGUCGUGAAGGGCAAACCCGACGCGCAUCGCGCGUGGAACAGUGGACGGUUGGGAUUUUCGUUCGGCAGCAAAUCAGGUGACACCUCCACCAAAUCUUCCUCCUCCAAAACUUCUAACCCCACCUGGGGAGGGCUGGGCUCUGACUUUUUCAGCGGGCCAGUUUUUGGGAGGUUGGGUAAAAGCCGGACCAUUCGUGAAAGUGACGGGCAGCCGAUUGAAACUUCAUCCAGCAGGGGUUGGCAGGAGAAGGGGGGGAGUGGCAAUGGUGCUGGGGGAGAAUAUGCAGAAGGUGGUUUUGUUGGUGGAGGUGGUUAUUACUCUCAUAGUAGUGACGGGAGCAGUUACGGUGUUACCAGUAGUGGUGGUGAGAAGGGUAGGGGUGGGACAAGGGGUGCGUUCAGCAGGAGUAACACGGCAUCAAGUACCUAUAGCUUCGUGAGCAUGGGGAGCAUGGCCAGCAGCCACAGCAGCCGCUGCAGCAAAAGCCCUGCUGCCACCCCAGACCUCUCUGCUACCGCUACUGCCACUGCUGCUGCUGGGUAUCAUGGUGCAGGCAAGAGUUCCGGAGUCGACAGGUUUGUGGUACAUGGGCAAAGUGGGGGGCCGGGGCUGACAGCAGGCGCCAGAGGAACAGACAGCGGAAGCCGCCCGUUCACCCCGCCUAUGAGCCGGUCGAAGACCGACCCACAAAAGCGUGAUUCUGGACGAGCGGGGCUGGGGCGUCCUUGCAGGGUCAUGUCACCCGCUGAUGCGCACGCUGCUUCCUCCUCUGCUCACAACAAUCACAGCCGUGACUCAGAUGAUGAUGAGGACGAUGAUGAUGGUGAGGACAAUGAAGACAGCUUUUCCUUCUCUCAGCCGGGCGGACCUGACAGCCUCACCUCAACGCCUGGGGGCACCGGGCGAAUCUCACAGCCUCCCUCCCCUCUGCCCAGCCCCCCCGUGCUCACUCGACGCUGGUCCCUCACUUCCCGGGUCAGCUUCACUGGGGAAGGAGCAGCGGGGCAGAGUGGGAGGAAUGUGCGUGAUGCCUCAGUUGCGGCUGAGGGCAGGGAGGUGGAUGGUCGGCAGGACAGGCGGGGGCGGGAUGGUGGGUGCGAGGCAGCAGAGGGGGCAGUGGAGGAGUGGAGUGAUGACUGCUCCAGCCAGGCGAGCUCUAGCCAUGCUAGUGUUGAGCCUGACAACAGACAGCAACUGCGGGAACGGAGAAUGUUGGCCAAGUUAUCUACACUCCCCAACUCACCCUCUGUGCCUAGAUCACCCGCUCUGCACAAGUCACCGUCGCUGCCUAAAUCACCCGCACUCCCCAAGUCGUCUACAAUACCCAGGUCACCCUCCCUGCCCAAGUCACCUGCCCUGCCCAAGUCACCUUAUGCUGGAAAGCACGAGUUAUGGGCGAGGGGGGGUCCGCAUGGAACAAGGACAUUCUCCUGA